UUCAGAGAAAAUGUCCUGAAAAUGACGACAGAUCAAACUACAGCUGUUUCCGAAUCGCCCGCUCGAUCGGAGGUGGGCAAAGGAGCACGUGUAGCAAUUGAGAAAUGUCUUCAAAACGAGGCCAAACUGACUCCAAUUCGAAACAGCAUCAGGAAAACUGCAGCGAGAAAUGUGGAUGGAAGUGAAACUCCAGCUGGGGCGGAUACUGCUCUUGUGAGGUUGCAAGAGAAGACAGGGGCGGAUACUGGAAGUGCUCUGAUUAAACUGACGGAGGCUUAUCUGAGGAAGAUAUCGAGACCCAAGAGGAAGAUUCUAGAAGAGGAUGUUUAUGUUCAAGAAAUUGAGUCGAUCAUCGAGCGCGACUUCUUUCCUUAUAUGGAGAAAAUGAGAGCUCAGGCUGACUUCGCAGACGCAGUGGACGAGGACGACGUGAAGAAACUGCAGAGUCUCAUUGCCAAAUAUGGAAGGGCUUGUCUGGAUGGAACUGACAUCGGAGAUAGGUCCCCCUCUACGUUCGACACUCCUCUGGCCAGAAACCCCAGUCCCCCCAGGGACGCAUCAGCAUCUCUCAUAUCAGAUAUUCUGUCAAACACUGGAGGAUCAAUGAGAACAGUGAAAGAGAGGGAAAUUUUGAAGGCAGACUCAAAGAAGGGCUUGAACGACUUCAUGUCUCGGGUCACAAGCGAAGACAAUGUCUCCUUCGACGAACUCUGCACACUUCAAAACAUCGCCCAGAGAAUCAAACAUUACUGGAUAUUCAAAGCGGAAACAGAAGCACACUCUAGUUUUGCAAUUCAAGAUAGUCGCAAUGAAAACUCGAAUUCUUUGGAGCUGGCUUUAAAAGACAGUUCAAUUGAUACAGGAAAAACGAAACACUCAGUGCCACUGGAUACGUGGCCCUAUCAAGCUAGAAAUAUGCUCAUGUUUAACCCCGAUGGUAUAGAUGUUGCACUCCAGGACAAGAUGGCAGAUGCAAAGAAAAGUACAAUGCAAAUUGUUCAUAAUAAUACACGAUUCGCACCAGGAUUUCUAGAAGAGCAGCAGAAACAGGCGAAGCUGACAGAUCAUAUAGCCCAAACAAAAGCGAUGAAAAGGGGCAAUAUAGGCCCGGACGGCAAAGAAAUUGUGCCAGACAAUGAGAACGACCCAAAUGCUAAGUACUCUUUUUUGGCGACGCCAUCUCCGAUGCCUGGACAUG